CAAUUUCGCACUUUCUCAUAUAUUUAUUACACCUAUCAGGUUGAAUAUAUCUGCAAAACGCCCCACCUUAUUAUUUUAACACGGAAUGAGACUUUAAUAUCCGUUUAGUCGCCUGAAAUCCUUUGCCUCAGUUAGCCUUGCGCUAGCUCUAAGCGAGGCCUACUGCAGCCUCGGGUUUUCCUGAGUGUCCACGGCGGGAAACAACACACCCGCGGGAGCGCGCAUUUGUGGCGUUGUAACAUCAACAGCAGCAAAGUUCUUGUCGCUCAAAUAAGCUACACUCCACAUUCGUCGAGAAGCAUUUUAUGUUGAUUAUUUAGUACAAUUAAUUACGGAAGAGUAACGUAAGUUACGUAACGUAAACAAAUACAGCAGCGGCUUGCGUGACGUUUAUGCUGAAUUGAAUCAGUCAAUUCGCCGAUAUUUACAGAACUUUAGAAAAUAACGAUGUAAACUUCGUCAAAUAUGAGACAAAUUCAAAUGCAUACGUAAAACAACAUUCACACGUCGAUCUAUUUACAUGUUACCUCUGGGGGAAAGUUCCAGGUUUUAUAAUAAUCAUGCGCAGCUAUUUGAAUGGAGGAGAUAUUCCCACUCAAGCACGCAGAUUUCAGAUAUAAAUCCAGGUUGUUGUUGUGUUUUAGUGUGCAAGUUAACGUUACUACUGUUUGCAGAGCAUUUCAGAUAAAUAAACAAAGCACUGUCGUAUUCCAAAGACAUUUGGAGCUUUACUCGCAUGACAUCCAUCCAUCCGUAGAACUUGUAACGUAAAUGAUGAACUUUUGGUCUUUUUGGUUAGUUUAUUUUGUUUAUUUGACUGAGACAGAGGCUCUAUUAAUCCUGGCUGGUCAUCAUCGCUUUGGUCCAAACACUUCGUUAUUUCACCUGUCACUGGGCUGAUAAGCUUCAAAAUCCAUGUGCUUAGCCAGCAAUGGUUGGGUGGGUGUAGUAGUCGGGACAUGCCCGGGCAUGAUCGCAGAGACGCACAGACAGCUCAGCAAAGAUCGUCUUCCACCACUAGGAGUCGGAAGCCAGUCACGCUUUGACUUGUCAUGCCCUAACCCGCCCAGGACAUGAUGAUCGGUGCUGUGGAUUCUAGCCCUGACAUGUCUCUCUGCGUCUAUUUAAACCAUAGACUGGCUCUCAGCCGGCUCCCACUCCACACUAACCCAGAGCUCAAGCACUUUAUGUACAGCUAGCAGAGUAUAUUUAGAGGAUUUUUAGGUAGAAUAUCCAAUUUACCUCCAUUUGCACAGAUCACUACAAAUAUGGCAACAGAGAGUUGUUUAAGCAGUUCUCAGAUCAACAAGGUUGACAAUGAAAAACUGGUAAGACCAAAGUUGCAGUUAAAAAGGCUGUUAGAGGAUGCAGGUGCAGAUAAAGAUGUUUUCACUAUGAAGGAGGUUAUGUUUUAUUUGGGGAAGUAUAUCAUGAGCAAGGAGUUAUAUGACAAGCAGCAGCAACACAUCGUUCACUGCGGAGAGGAUGCUCUUGGUGCUGUUCUUGGAGUGAAAAGUUUCUCAGUCAAAGAGCCACGAGCUCUCUUUGCAAUGAUCAAUAGAAACCUUGUGACAGUGAAAAAUCCAGAAACUCAGUCUACCUUCUCUGAACCCAGGAGUCAAAGUGAACCAGAUCGAGGGCCUGGGGAUACAGAUUCAGACUCUCGCUCAUCUACCUCACAACAGCAGCGCAGGAGGAGGAGGAGCAGUGAUCCUGAGAGUUCUUCAGCCGAAGACGAGCCUAGAGAACGCAGGAAAAGGCACAAGUCAGACAGCUUCUCCCUGACAUUUGAUGACAGCCUGUCUUGGUGUGUGAUCGGCGGCCUGCACCGGGAGAGGAGGAACAGCGAGUCUUCAGAUGCACACAGCAACUCUGAUGUAGGUAUCUCUCACAGUGAAGGCAGUGAUGAAAGUGAGGACUCGGACUCUGAUAAUUUCAGUGUGGAGUUUGAGGUGGAGUCCAUCAACUCCGAUGCCUACAGUGAGAACGAUGAGGAUUCGUUGCCGGGAGAGAACGAGGUGUAUGAAGUCACAAUCAUCGCUGAGGAUGAAGACUCGUUUGAUGAGGAUACUGAGAUAACUGAGGCAGAUUACUGGAAGUGUGCUGAAUGUGACGUGCUCAACCCUCCUCUUCCACGGCAUUGCAAAAGCUGCUGGAACGUCCGACCCGGUUGGCUUCCAGAAUCAGACUCCAACAAUGAAAACCCCUCCACUAACACUCAAACCAGCACUGAGCUCACCAGCAUCACCACAACAACCAUCUUUGCCUCAGGUGACAAAAUGCUUCCUUCCAAACCCUCAAGCCCUCUUCCAGAAACAGAUGAAGGAGUGGACGUACCCGACGGCAAGUGCUUGCAAUCUCCCGUCUCCGCCGCCAAAGAAGUAGUUCCCUCUUCUGCCACCCCCGGCUCCCUGACUGACUCUCAGACCUCGUCAUCGCAGCCCUCCACCUCCUCUGGUGGGGGCAGCAGCCAGGAAGAGACCCCUGAGCUAGAGCGCUUCAACAGCCUGGAGGCCUGCCUGCCUGCCACAUGCCUCGAGCCCUGCGUCAUCUGUCAAAGUCGCCCCAAGAAUGGCUGCAUCGUCCACGGAAGGACUGGACACCUUAUGGCGUGUUACACUUGCGCUAAGAAAUUAAAGAACCGGAACAAGUUGUGUCCGGUGUGCCGAGAGCCCAUUCAGUCAGUGGUGUUGACCUACGUGAGCUGAGGCACUGCAGAUAUACCUCCACUCCUCUGCUUUCCUCACAUGAAGUCUGGGAGGCUCCUAUGUUGCCUUGUCUUAGUUCUUCUUGUUCAAAUUUCUUAAUGAUUAAUUAAUUUUAUUUAUGACUCAAGCGAGGUUCUCACUCUCAUGCUGGUUAGAAAAUACACAUUUAUGUUUGGGUUGAGUUUAAGGGCUUAGAAUUUAAACAACUACUUGUGGACUUGGAGUGAUGUUAAAUGCAUUAUAUCAUCUACUAGAAAUGUUUGUAAUUAUUUAAUUUAUGUACAUGCUGAUGUAUUGGUUUCUCCGAUUUAUGAUAAUUUGAGUUCUUUGCUGCACUGAAAUGAGUUUCUGAGCUCUUGUGACACCCCUUUUAAAUUGCUCCUCCUCUUGGGGGAAAUACUCCCCAGCAUUGUUUUCUGCUGCAAAGACUGUCUUAUUUUCUCUAAAUGAGGCAUAAUAAAUGAUUAUUUUGAGGCUCUUGCACAUUUACAGUACAGGUGAUUGCUCUUUUGACUGAUUUUGUUUUCUGAACGGUGUGUAAUGGUUUCAGCCAAUGGGCUUUAAAAAGGUGGUUCAGGUGGCUGUUUGUUGGGUCAUACAAAGCGGUCACCCAGAGAGAGCUUUGGUUUCUAGGGACCCACUUUUCACUUAAUAUCAGCAAACAAGUUCUGACUUGUUUCUCUCUAAUAGCAACUUGGCACAAACUUCCGCCUCCUUACAUUUACAAAAGGCUUUACAAUGGGAAUCUAUUGUGUUGCAGCAUGAACAAUUGAAUCGUUUGUAUUCUCUAUGCGUGUUUAAUUGAUGAAUAUUUCUUCCACCACCUAUUUAACAAUUCUGUUUAAAAUUAGCUUUUUUUUAAAAAGAACAAAAGAAAGAAUAAAAAGAAGCACUUGCACUGA